AAAAAGUAUUAAUCGUCAAAUCUAUUCCUCUACAUAAAAUAUUUGGCAGCACUUUACUUGUCAUAUAGUCUACACGACAAUUUUAAAUGAUAUUAAGAUGGACGCAGAAAUGCAACGAAUGAUGAAAAUUCGACCUUUACAAGAGGCUGUAAUAAAUUAUCGCGCAACGGUCUCAAAAUAUCGUACAAUAAUGAAGAAGAUUUGUGUCUCGGAGAGCAAAAGUCUUAUCAAUGUGGAAAUGACCGUGGAUGAUGUAAAAUUAAAAUUACCAGAUCCUCAAAAUAUACCUCCGCUUACCAAUUUGCAUACAGCAACAAAUGUAAAUAUUUUACUUUUUCAAACUAUAAAGAAAAGAAAGCUAUGCAGUUUAUUUUCAGGCCGAUUACUUGCGUAAACAAACUUUUGUCGCACAA